AUGUCUGGCACAACAGAGUGCUAUAACAAGUCUGGCACAACAAAGUGGUAUAACAAGUCUGGCACAACAGAGUACUAUAACAAGUCUGGCACAACAGAGUACUGUAACAAGUCUGGCACAACAGAGUGCUAUAACAAGCCUGGCACAACAAAGUGGUGUAACGAGUCUUGCACAACAGAGUACUGUAACAAGGCGGCACAACAGAGUUCUAUAACAAGUCUGGCACAACAAAGUGGUAUAACAAGUCUGGCACAACAGUGUGCUAUAACAGGUCUGGCACAACAAAGGGGUGUAACAAGUCGAGCACCACAGAGUAUUGUAACAAGUCUGGCACAACAGAGUGCUAUAACAAGUCUGGCACAACAAAGUGGUGUAACAAGUCUGGCACAACAAAGUGGUGUAACAAGUCUGGCACAACAGAGUACUGUAACAAGUCUGGCACAACAGAGUACUGUAACAAGUCUGGCACAACAGAGUGCUAUAACAAGUCUGGCACAACAAAGUGGUGUAACAAGUCUGGGCCAACAGAGUACUGUAACAAGUCUGGCACAACAGAGUACUGUAACAAGUCUGGCACAACAGAGUGCUAUAACAAGCCUGGCACAACAAAGUGGUGUAACAAGUCUGGCACAACAGAGUACUGUAACAAGGCGGCACAACAGAGUUCUAUAA